AUGCCCUUCACGCUCGGCAAGAAGACCGUCAUGGCCUCCGGCAAGCCUUAUACGCACAAGACGGCGUCUGAGGCGACACUCGUCGACCACAGCAAGGCCGCUCCCGGCAGGCUGGACAAAGAUAUCAAGCCGGAGACGGGGUCUCGGGCUUCUAGGUCCAAGUCCUCCGGAAAGAACAAGGUGGACCAUAGGCGGAAUUGGGAAGCUCUGGCGUUCGCCGCUAUGAACCGAUGA